AUGAGAAGAAACUUCACAUCGCCAUGUUCCCCAUGGCUAGCCUACGGCCACCUAAUGCCAUUUCUCGAGAUCUCCAAGUUCUUAGCUCAAAAGGGUCACCAAAUCUCCUUCAUCUCCACCCCCCAAAACAUCAAUCGCCUCCGGUCAUCCUCCCCUUCCCCACUCAUCGAUUUCGUCGAGCUUCCUCUCCCCGCCGUCGACGGCUUACCUGAAUCCGUCGAGUCCACCUCCCAGCUACCAAUCAAUAAAGCCCCCUACCUCAAAAAAGCCUACGACUUGCUCAAGCCAGCAGUCACGCAUUUCGUCCAACACUCGGGCGUCAACUGGGUCGUCCACGACUUUAUUGGCUACCGGCUGCCCCAAGUCGCCACUCAGCUCGGAGUCAACUCGGUCUACUUCAGCAUCUUCAACGCCACUUUCUUGGCUUUCUGCGGACCUCCGUCUGAGUUACUCAGCGAUAAACGCCGGCGGCCGGAGGACUUUACGGUCGUUCCCGAGUGGGUCGACUAUCCUUCCACCGUCGCUUAUAAGCUGCACGAGAUGGUGAGUCCUUGGGAUUGCAUGGACGACGAGGUCUCCGAUUUUCAGAGGCUCGCGGUUACGGUUCAAGAUUGUAAUUUUGUGACUAUACGGAGCUGCACCGAGGUUGAAUCUGACGCGGUGCGUCUGCUCAGAAAUUUAUACGGCAAACCCGUUGUUCCACUCGGGCUGCUGCCGCCCAGCUCAGCACCGCAUCAGCCCGGCGGCGCUAACGAUCGAGCAGAUGAGAAGUGGGAAGUGUUGAGAGAGUGGCUCGAAAAUAAGAAACCCAACUCGGUGAUUUACAUCGCACUCGGCACCGAGGUGACUCUGAGCCAAGAGCUUAUGCACGAGUUGGCACAUGGGAUAGAGAAAUCGGGGUUGCCUUUUAUUUUGGUGGUCAACAAUCGCCCGUUAGUGGAGGGCGCGUUGAGGUCCAAUAUCCUUCCACUUGGAUUUGAAACGCGAGUGGACGGUCGAGGCUUUGUGUGGAGGGGUUGGGCCCCGCAACGUAAGAUUUUAGGUCAUAUCUCAGUCGGAGGAUUCCUAACUCAUUGCGGUUGGAGUUCAAUUAUUGAAGCAUUAGGGUUUGGGCGGGUUUUGAUUUUGUUUUCGGGUGCAAAUUCGGACCAAGGGUUGAACGCGAGACUAAUGCACGAAAAGCAGGUUGGGUUGGAGAUACCAAGGAACGAGCGAGACGGGUCGUUUACGAGUGACUCGGUGGCCGAGUUGAUUAGGCGAGCGAUGGUGGAGAAAGAGAGCGAGUUACUAAGGGCAAAUGCAUGGGCGAUGAGGGAGAUAUUUGGCAACGUAGAGUUGAACAGCAAGUGCUUGGACGAGUUCACUCGGGUCCUUGAAACUUGGCCAGCUUCAACUUAA